AUGAACAAGAAGAUUUUGAAGUUUAAGAAAGAAAUCAAGAGGGUUGAUGAUAUGGUAGGUAAUGGAGUGUAUGAUGGAACUAUGGAGGCUAGAAAAAAGGCAUUGGUUACUUGCUGUGAGAGGUGGUAUGUGAGAAAAGAAGUUCACUGGAAGCAGAUGUCUCGAUAUCGACAAGCAAAGGAUAUGAAAAAAAACACAAAAUAUUUCCACAAUAUAGCGUCGACAAGAAGGAGGAUUAAUCGGAUUGAUACUCUAGUAGUUAAUGGCAGACUGUUCAUAAAUGGUCUGGUGGACAUGAUAGACGAGAAAGACUCCGUGACCUUGGAGGUGAUGCCAUUGGCUGAGGAGAUUAUAGAGGCAGUGUGGGAUUAUACAUCAUCUAAGGUGCUAGGUUGUGAUGGAUAUUUCAUUAAGAGGUACUCGGAUGAAAUUGGGUCUGAAUUCACGGCAGUUGUGAUGGGAUUCUCUCAAACAUCCAGGUUACCAGCGGAUUCCAAUAUAACUUGGGUGGCAUUGGCAACGAAGUUCAUUGGUGAGAAAGAGAUUAAAGACUUUAGACCUAUUAAUAUGGUUGGAUAUGUGUACAAGGAGGCAGUCAUAAUCAAGCUAGAUUUCCAAAAAGCAUAUGAUAGAGUCAAGUGGAGUUUUGUGGAUAUUGUGCCGCAAAAGAUGGAGGUUGGACGCAGGUGGAGGACGUGGGUUAUGAAGUGUGUGACCGCAGCUUCCAUGAUGGUUGAUGAGGCAGUCAAGAACGGCCGUAUCUCUCCUCUGGUGGUUGGUCAAGACAGUGUGGAGCUGUCAUAUCUUCAAUUUGCAGACGACGCUAUCCUGUUUUGCCCACCAGAAGAGGAGACUAUAAAAAAUUACAAGCGGCUGUUGCACUGGUUCGAGUUGAUAUCAGAGCUUGGUAUUAAUUUUGAUAAGUCCAAUUUGAUUCUAAUCAAUUGUGAAGAGCAGUGGGCACAACGUAUGUGUAGCUUGUGGGGUUGUAAGGAGGAUACCCUCCCAAUUAAAUACAUUGGAAUCCUCUUAGAAGCUAAUUCAAGGUUGGCAAAUACCUGGAAGCCUAUAAUCGAUAAGGAAGAAGAGAAAUUAAACCUCUGA